CAUGAAGUAGUAACCUCAACGUGUUUGUCAUGCCGGAUGUUACAGUUUGGCGGAUUCAUCGUAACGAUUGAAAAAAUCGUCCACUAAAUUGGGUUUUACCUCCUUUCUAGGUUUGGCUUUUCGUAGUGUUUUGAUCCAGAAUCGUUAGCGUCAUGGAAGGUGGCUUAGGGUUAGAUAUGGACGCAGCUAGAUAUGAAAACAACGUGAGUAUAGUCAGCUGGUAUAUUGUUCUGAUCGAUCCCACGUGUGCAUGUUGUGGAAGAUACGGAGUACAAGGUUCUAACUUUGUUUUUGUUGUGAUGUAAAAUAUGUGCUAUAAUAGGCAUCUUUUAAUUGUUGAAUGAUUCUAUCCUUGCCCCACAAUACCUACCUCCCGCUGGGGCCAAUGUCUAUGAACAGUGGCCUCUCAGCUGUGUCCUCCAGGCAUGUCUAGUUGUUCUUUUGGGACAGGUUCAACUGUAUUACGUACCGGUAAGUAAAGGAAUGUUCAACAAAAAAUAAUGGACAAAAGUGCUUUCUUGUGGUUUGAGUUCCUCUGCAAACGUUUUGGGCCUGGCCCUUCAUCAGUGGAGUCACAAGUACAUUGGAAACAGUGAAAGGUUUGCAUACGCCAUGAAAAAAAAAAAAAAAAGCACUCAAAAAAACUUUGUAGUGUGCGCGUAUGCUCUUGUAGGUGGGUCGAGAACGGGAUGCUUGUUGAGGAAAUAAGAUAACGCUUCAAGGCCACUGUUAUUGGGUAACAGUAUAUAUUAUUUUAUGUCCAUGGUGUAGAGGAAGUGUUUGCGAGUCAUUGUGUUGUCCAAAUUGAAAUCAUUGGUUUACAUAGGUGCUAAGGUUGUGCACAAGGGGACACAUAAUCUGAUCCAAGUAGAAAGCUAUGUUUUCGGUGGGACAACAACACGCGGAAACAAUUAUUUGGUCUACCAGGGUUGCCAGCUUUAUGGAUCAUAGGAAGCAGAUACAUGUAGAAUUGUGAUGGUGCUGAUGGUGGACGCUGGUUGUCUGAAAUCAUUUCAAAUAUUGUUGAUAUAACCAUGUUCUGACUUUCCUUAAGAGGAUCAUGAUCCAAAUGCUUGCAGAAUCUGCCAUUGGACAGUUGAGGAUUUGCUUUAACAAGGUAUAGAAGGUGUGAUCAUACCACGACAGCACCACCUUUAUCCACUGGCUUGAUGACCAUGUCUCCACAUUUUGAAAUUCAUGUUAAGGCUUCCUUUUUGGCGAUUGACAGGUUGUAAUGUUGUGCUCGGGCCUUGAAAUCCACUGGUGGUAGUGGUCAUUGUAAUGAGCUAGAGCAGAAAAAUGGCCGUCAGGUGGUGACCAUGUCAAGUGUAUUACACUUUUGAAGAUCUUAAUUUGAAUCUAGUUAAAGUGAUGUAAUAUGUUUUUUUGCAGGCAGAAGUGGAAAUGAUUUGGGCAAUGAAAGCACAACAUCAAGCUGAAACAUACUUCAAGGUAGUUGGUUUAAAACAUCAUAGUUAUUGUAUUAUUGUAUUAAAGUUGGCAAUGUGCGUCACAAAUUUGUGCAACUACUGGGGUUGCACAGCAUUUUGCGUUACAGUAAAAGAUUAUUGCUUGUUCAUGUAUUCAACAAAUAGAUUCCGUCUUGCUGUGUGUCUGUUCAGUAAUAGGUCACAGAUGAUGCCAAGAUCAUAAAAGUGACAUGUAAGUCGCAGGUCUGUUUGUAAUCUAUUACUGAACAGAUAUACGGUCACAAAAUCUACAAUCGAACCCCACUUAAUAUGGACACCUCGUUAUUACAAACAGUUUUCUUUGUCCGUGGAGAAAGCCCUUACAGGUUUUCUAAGUUCAACCUGCUUUAUACGGACACCCAUUAAAGUGGACAGUGAAGACUACUUUCUUGCCCAAUCAGCAGAUUCAUAGAACGUCAACCUUGAUGAUGCAGACACUUCAUUAUCAACUGUGUGCUGUGAUAGACCUUUCUUUUUCGAAGGGAAAAAAAGUCCUCCAUUUGACAGCAUGCGGAUGUUUCCAGCACUACAGUAGACCGGAUAGGGUGAAUUGUAGACGUCAAUUUCAGACAAUUAUGGUGUGAAACGAGUCAUACAGAGAAUGCUUUUGAUUAAGUAGUAUAAGAAUAAGUGAUUUUUUAGUGUUUCUGUGGAAUAAGUCCAUGGAAGGACGGCUUUGUGAUGGUUAGAGACGUGUAAAUUGACGAUGCUAAUGUCCUGUUUUAUUUUUUUGGAAUUUUGUUGUAAUAAAAGGUUUCUUUUUGACUUAAUUAACAUGACCUGCUUAAUACAGACACCCUGUUAAUACAAACACUUUCCAGGGGCGGAUCCAGGAUUUUUUUUAGGAGGGGGUGCACUCGUCUCUUGUUCUGCUUCAACACCAAUAAACCACAUAGUUUUUUUUUUUGCAGAAUACCAGUUGUAUUAGAAAACCGCAGGUUAUCUCAGAAGAGGGGGUGCGCACCCCCUGCACCCUCCCCCUAGAUCCUCCCCUGCUUUCUAUGGCCCCUUCAUUGUCUGUAUUAACAGGGUAUUGACUGUGUUUGUUUUAUUCAAUGAACAGGAAAGAAAAACAACAAACUUUCCUCAUAGUAUGAUGUGUAGGAAUUAGGACAUUUUCCAAGUCACCAACAACAGACAUAAAUGCCUUUGCAACAAUCUCAGUACGACAGUAAAUGAAUCGCCUGUGGCUUGAUUGUUGGCUCCAAUUCUUGUUACGUUACAGUUUGCCCUGAUCUGUGGUCUACAGCUUAACUGUUAGACACUCAGCUGGGAUGGAUCCAGAAUUUAGUGGAGGGGGGUUCUCUAAGGGGUUCAUGUGCAUGCCACCCCAGAAAAUUGGGAAAUUUAGGUCCUCGGAAAGGUGAUUUCCAGUGUUUUAAAGGAUCAUAGUGGGUUCUUUCAUGCCUUUGAAAAAACCUCUGUUUUUAGCUAUCUUAAACAAGGACUACUCUUAAAAAAUUUCCACAAAUUGAGACCAAUAUCAAAAAUACAUCUGAAAUAACGGAUAUAAAUUUGUUUCAACAACAUUGGCUGUGUGCACUAAAAUAUUACUCUUGAGUUCCUCAAAAAUGGGAUCGACAGGGCAUGUAAAACAAGGAAAAGACUCGCCUCCAUCAGUGUUACUUUUUUUCCUUUUCAUCAUGGUAGUCUUUUUUCAAAAGUUGACAUAUUAUAGUGUUUGUUAACGAUGUAUCAAAAUGUCUUUUGUCAGAAACUGCUUGUGUUUAAACCCUUUCAUUAAUUUUCAGUUCAGGGGAUUUGAAUGAGCCACCUGAACCACCCCUGGAUCCACCCCAGAUACAGUACAACAGUCAUGUCCAAUACUGCCGCAUUGUUGCGGACAGUUACUUGUGCAGUUGACAGACCAUACACUCUGUGCAAAUCAUUAUUAUUGUUAGCGUUCAGUAUACUGAGCUCCUAAGGACUGUGCCUCUAAUUAUUGCAUCAGGACACUGCUUGGAAUCUGUUAAUAAUGUGCAUGUGUUUUUAUUAACGUUUCAUCUCUGCAGCUUAUUUCAGCAAUGGAUGCAUCAAGACUUCGCCUCACAAAGUAAGUGCAAUGCAUUAGUGACUAGUUCUACAUUCAGAUGUGCUUUUAAAGAACUCUUUUUUUAAAUUUAUUUUACAAAAUUAUUUUCACCAGUCAAGUCAACAGUCACAGUGUUUGCAGCACUCAUAGUUAUCAUAAAGAAGCUAGGAUUCCCAAUCACAUCAAAGAACUGGAAGCAUUUUUUCCUCUGAUUGUGUCAAAUACUUACUCUUUCCUUAUUCAUGUAGGUAUGAUGAUGAUAUAUACAGGCAGUUCAAACGUUAUUUCAAGACCUUAAAGGUAAAUAUUAGGUAUUUUACAACUAUCCCUAAGAAAAAAGUGAAAAGUGUUAAAAAAGAAGCCUUCAGUAGUUAAGCUUCUAUGAAACCAAACAAAGAAAAAUCAUGGAUAAUUUUAAACAAAAUUUACAACUCUCAUUCAGCUCAUCAAAAUGAUUAAAAUUAAAGCUUGAUCAGCAGCCGCAGAUAAAAUUUUGACAGAUGACUGGCUGUUUAUCCUACAAAAGACCAUCAUCAUCAUCAUGUUUUCUGUGCCACAUCUUUGUAUUCAAAUUCAAAUUUAAGCCUAGGGCAAAUGCAAAUUCAAAUGUUGCAUCCUCUUUCAAGGAUGUGUCACACCUCCAGUUAACUCAUCACUUAAAUAAAAAAACACAAAAACACAGCUUCUCCUUGAACUGUGACAGGUGAUUUAUAUUUCUGUUUUGUUUACAGGUGGAUGUCAUCAGAGUUGAAGACUUUAAAUCAGAAGAUGCUAAGCUGGUAGGUAAACUAAACAAUCUGAAUGUUCAUUGUAUGUAGGAUAUUGGUUCCAUACAAUUUCUCAUGAAAGACGGAUCAAAACACCCACAAACGGGAUUGCAUGUAUCAAACCAUAGGUACCUCAAGCUCACAAGUGAGAAUCAUUGUUGCAUAACAAAAAUAUUAUUAACAAGGGUUUAUAAUGAACUCUUAAAUUCCCUUAUUGAUGCUUGUAAUAUUUUUAGAGAGAACAACAGCAGAACUAAAACUUGCUGGAAUCACUCUGAAUUGGCCAAAUAUGCUAAGACUACAUUAUAAAUUUAAACGAGGAGAUUAGCUAAAAAAAUAUGAUGGCUUUUUAUUACUUUUCUUGACCUCAAAAUAAUGAUUGCUUAAAUCCCCAUCCAAACCUUUGUAAUAUUUCUGUUACACAUCAACUAUUCUCACUUACGGCCUUGGGGUACCUGUGAUCAAACUACGUGAAGUAACUGUCAUAUCUGAAGUUCAACAUGUAACCAUCUAGACCCUUCAUCUCGCAAUAUUUUUAAGGCACAACCUGUUCAGCAAAAGUGAAAGGCACACUGGGACUCACAGCUGGUGGGAUAAGCUAUGCAGGCUACCAGGUCUUUGCUUCGUGUUUAAACACGGCUUUAUUUGAUUCCUUAGUUGUGACUCAGUUGGGACUGGUGCUUCUGUUACUCAACACUUCCUCUACUUUCAAGCAAGAUUUACACUAAGUUUUACAGGAAAUAUCGAAAAUGUUUGCGCAUGUUCCAAAGAUGAGUUAGGUGUGAUUCAGUAGGGUAACAGCUGUAAUCUUCAGCUCUGUCAUCUUUCCAGAAUCAAGCAUGCCAAUAGAACUGCUCACAAAAAUACCAACUAUAGCCAGUCAAACCUGCUUCAGAGCUAGUUAAACCAAAACAGACACAUGUUCUCAGGUUCAGGCACGGUUUGUAGGAAGUUACACAAAAAUGGCCACUUCUUCAAAACCUGUAUCAACCCCUAUCCUUCGAGAACAACAGGAGAAAGAAAUCUACGGGCAACUGGUCAAUCUGAGUGCAAGUGGCUACCAAAAACACAUUUACUGAUGCUAGGUUUUUAUUAAACUAAAUAACUAUUAGGUCCAUAACAAUUAACGCACUAAUAAAUGUAAAAAACACUACUAUUCUGUAUCUCCUCAGAAAUGGAGACCAUUUUGUAACAUGUAUGAAGGGAAGGUAGAAGACUUCAAUUUUGGAACCCUUCUCAGGUGAGUAAAUCUUCUAUCCAACCAAGAGAAACGUAUCCAAUCUAACAGUUCCUUACACCAAGGCUAGAUGCGAGCAGCCAAAAUCUAAGACAAGAUCUAAUCUUUCAAAUUGGGCCUCCAAUUCCAAACGGAAUAGACCCUUUCACGGCUAUUUCAGCUUUUAACAUGGGCCAGUCAGCGGAAAUCCACUGACGCUGCUGGAAGGAACACCUUUUGGUCACUAAGGGCCGGUUCAGACGCCGAACGUUUCAUGAGCCGAACCUAAUUCGAAUUAAGGCCGAAUUAAUUGGAGGUGAACUAAGUUCAAAAGGCGAAAAAUGCUCAUUUCGGUCAAACUGCUUACAAAAUACGUUAUUAUAAUUUGUGCAUAAUUAGGUUCGGUACAUGAAAAGUUCGCCGUCUGAAUCAAAGUCGUUCCAAAGUCGCUCCAAAGGCGAAAUUCCCGGUCAGGCCAGGCGAAAAGAACGGCUGAGCAGUUCCAAAUUGAAACAGGCGUUCCUAAUUGAUUCAGACGCCGAACUUUUCAUGUACUUAAUUCAAUGUAUUAGGUUCGGCUCAUGAAAAGUUCGGCGUCUGAACCGGGCCUAAAGUUGCCUAGUUUGGAAGUGAUUUGUUGAAAGCUACUGAAGAUGUAGCUCAGCAAUGUCGUGAAAUUUUGCAAAGGGAUGUAAAAUAAUUACACGACUUUGAAGAGCUAUAUUUUAGCUUGCUUCGGACGCAUCACUUUCAAUCAUGGCAAGUUUUACGCCUUCUUUCUUGACUCUAUUUGUUUAGUUUUGUGAAAACAGCAUAUUCACUUAACGAUAUUCUGUGCUGGUUUUUGAUCUUCUCUUUUUAGAAUAAGUGUCUCGGUUUAUUUUAAUUGUAGCAGAAGAUAUUUUUUUGCACAAAUCUACUUUCUGCACGGAGAAAAAGAAAAUUAAAACUCAUUAAAAAUGAAAACAUGAUUCAAGCGCCCGUUCUUGGGUCGAGAGCCACCUAAGUAAUAGUAAUAUUAGGAAUGCCCGCUUUGAUUGUACAAGCUUCCCUGAUGUCUUCCUCUUCUUCAUUUCGGUAUUUCUCUUCAGAAUUGAUUGUAAUAAAGGAUAUGAUGAAGAAAAUACCAUCUUAGGUGAGUAAUGACCUUGUAAUCGGCCGUCUUAAGGUUGCGUGUAAUUUGGGUCCGUAGUCUUUGGGAUGAGACUGAUUUGGGGGACGAAUUUUGACCCAGUUUUCCCCAGGAGCAAUUCGAUACAAAACUGACCCAGUCUUACGCGAAACUGCAAAAUGGCCGAUACUUACAAGUUUAGAGUUAAGUCGAAAACAUGCUAACGGACAACGAUUGAAGAGCACCACUGCCCUCCCAAUCCCAAGAUUGCCAAGUGACUCAAAGAAAAAUUGCAAAUUUCAUUUUUUUAAAAUACUGAAUACAAACAAGGUUUCAUUUGAAUGGAAAUAUGACAGGGUUUUGUCUAUAGACUCUCAAAAGAUAGAACUAUUAAUACUACGCAAUCAAUUGCGCCAUUAGCUUGAGAAAACAGCCGACAUUUAGCGACGCCACCUGUGGUUGCCUCGCAAAAUGACUUCUGAGGAACGAUACUCAGACCUGUUAGUGCUUCUGACUGGUUGAAAAUUUGCUUCAUCCAAUCAGAAGCGCCACCCAGAUCUUUGUAGGGACACGUCAUCAGUAUGGAAUUUCUUGGCUCGUUUCUCAGACGUCAUUUCGCGGGAAACUAGAGGUGUCGUCGAUGAUGUCGGCUGUUUCCUCAACCUAAUUGCACCAUGUGAAUGGCCUUUCAAAGAGGUUUUAUUUCAAUGGUGACACCAUAGGGUAUUGUCCACAGCUCUAACAUCAGAAUUUCUUGUCUCUGUGAUUAUAUACGGAAGUGAAAGGGUACGAUAUUAAUUUCCUCUAACCUUUUAAUUUGUAGUUACAAGGAUCCAGUUCUACGCAGUCGAGAUCGCCCGCAACAGACGAGGACUGAACAAGCAUUUAUCGGAAAAGCCCGCUAGUACCGAGACCCUUGCCGAGGAAAGAUAGCAUGAAAACUCCACUUGAAAGGACCAGUAGAGCUCACGUAUUGGCCAACCCACUGACAGUGAAAUGGUCACAACGUAACUAAAUAAUUUUAAACGUCGAAGUGCAUGUAUUGUAAAAAGAGAACAGACUGUCAUAAUAUGGAGCAUUUUUUUCGUUGUGGUCGCGAUAGCCUGUGUACAGCUGCCCCCCCCCCUCCCGUAAAAAGAAAUCGGGGAGAGAAGGGAAACUACCCAUUUCUCCGAGUUUUUGAGGGGAGGCGGUAGCUGUGCCCAGGCUAUGGUCCCGGAGAUAUCAGUUAAAGGUUAGCGUUAGAUAACAUCGAGUGAAGCCAGAUUGGACACCUUGUGAAUUUUACACAACGCAUUAUUUCCAUAAUGGAACGAGGCUGGAAUGUAGAAUGAGGCUAGAAUAGUUGAAGAAACCAAAACUACAGAGCGCCAGUUAUAGAGAGAACACAGUAGAGAGUUAAGCACUGAUCUGCAGUGAUUAGGGUUAAGCACUGAACUGAAAACGGUUAGCUUUCAAAUAUUGUAAUGGGGUGCGGCAUAUAUAAGAACAUGUUUAUUUUAAAAAUUAUUGGAUUUGGCAGCUAGUCCUCGAUGUGUAGUGGAUAUGGAUGUAGGCUAUAAAGCAGGUGACCAGGGUUCAAAGAAUUACAGUGGAUUUUUUCUAUUUCAUUUAUAUUACACAGUAAAGUUGGACUUAAGUUGUUCUUCAUGUAAUUUUACGCAAAGAAACAAUCUGACUUCAGCCGAUGUUACCUUAAUGCUAACCUCAGUUAAACUGGCUAUUGUAACAUGUACUUUGUUUUAAGAGUUCAUUCAAAUAAUGGAACUGAAUUUGAACAUGUCAAGGAUAAAGUUAAUGUCUGAGUAAAGUGCAUAAAGUGUUGUGGUGUGUACAAUAUUAAGGUAUCAUUUGCUGGCUUAUAUUUUGCGUGCUUUGUGUUUGUCACAUCAGCGUCUGUAAACUUUCUAUAACUUGCGAGCGUGUUUGGGAAUUGAAUAGACUGCAAGACAGUCG